AGCAAGUUCACCGCGGUGCGUUGACAACUACAACAACAAUAACAACCAAAGAAGUAUAUAUAUAUAUAUAUGUGUGAGGAAUCGUAUAUAAAUAUUUAUUUUUGCGCUUCAUAAAUAGAUCUCAUAGCGAUUGAAUAUGACUGUACAACAAUGAGCCAAUUUGGGGAUUCACAUAGCGCCACUCCGGCAAUCCAAAUGCGGGGUUCACCGCCCACAAGCUCCGGUGAGUUCGGAGAGGAGAAACUGUCCCUUGAAAGCAUAAUGCAACGCUUUCUUUGCGAAGAGUCAUUAUCUCUGGAAUGUGCAACGGAAGUCGUACAACAGGCUGCCCUCGUGCUUCGCACCGAGCCAAAUACGUUGUCUAUCAACGGUGACGUUGCUAUAGUGGGAGAUAUACAAGGCCAAUAUUACGACCUUAUAAAAAUCUUUGCUUCUUGGGGUUCUCCACGGACCACAAAGUACCUCUUUCUCGGUAAUUACAUUGGAAACGGCGGUUUCAACUUGGAGUGCGUGCUGUUCCUUCUUGCCGCCAAAGCUGCGUGUCCGCAGUUUGUCUAUUUGAUACGAGGCAGCAACGAAUCGAAGCUGAUGGCAGACGUGCUUCACCUUGGAGACGAAUGCCAAAAGAAGUACGGCAAGAAUCUUUUUACACUACUGCUUUCAGCGUUCAACUGUUUGCCAUUGGCAGCCGUCGUCCUCGACAAGUACUUUUGUGUUCAUUCCGGGCUCUCACCUGAUGUCUCUCACAUCAGCGACAUCGCUCUCAUUCACCGUUUUCGCCACAUCCCGACACGUGGUGCAAUGUGUGACUUAGUGUGGAGUGAGCCAGAUUGGGACACUGACAACCUGCAGUACAAUAAUGUGGAGGAGUCUUCUGGCGAGACGUACGUGCCGCGAGUCGGUUCAUUUGAGACACGUCCACUUUUCAUAAAGAACAAGCAACGAGGAUUCAGCUAUGUCUUCAACUUCGCGUGUGCGAAACGCUUCGCCUCGGCAAACAACCUCCUUUGCAUCGUGCGCAGCCACGAAGUACAGGAACUGGGAUUCAAACUUUACCGCCCACACCCCAAUCACCUUUUCCCUUGCCUGAUCUCGAUCUUCUCCGCCCCAAACUACUGCUCAAGUUUUGGAAACAAAGGUGCUGUUCUUGUGCUUUCAAAAGAGUCUGUAAACUUUAAGCAGUUUGAGCCCUCUCCUCAUCCGUGCGUUUUACAAGGGCGCAACGCGUUUUCAUGGUCUCUUCCCUUUCUGGAGAGCAAUCUCAUGUCGAUUUUUCUCUCGCUGCUCUCCCGACCGGACAACGACCUCACCGCGGAUGAUGGCUCAGAGAAAGACUCUAAUAAUAGCGAAGCAAUUGACGCGCCAAGUACAUAG